AUGAAUAGUUAAGAGAGAACAAACAAUCACAUAUACAAGCCAACCGAAGGGGAUUCAUAAUACUAGAUUAUCAUAAAUAAGGAUUAAGAAAUAACUCGACAAUAAAUAGUGAUUAGAUUGUAAGGCUAAAAUUUGAAAUUUUCUGUGCCAGACACUGAUGAAGCCUAAGAAUUAAGCUCUCUGUUAUAGUAAAGGGAACAAUUACCAAAUAAUUAAUAGCUAAACUAUGUAGAAUAAAUUUUUCAAAAAUAUUAUGAGUAUGAAGAACGAUUUAACCAAUUUUUCACAUGUACUCACAAUAACUUUAAAAUUACAUUUGAUCUUAACUAACUCAUAAUUACAAUUGUCUAUUGGAGUACAUUUUUUAGUGUUCUCUCAGAAUCUUUAGCUAUCGAAAACAGCUCAAUCAUACAAAAUGAUAAAAUACGCAAAUAAAUAGCUCAUUAAUUGCCUGUCUACGCAUUUUUGUAUACAAUCUCUUCAUAAAUAUGUUAACAAAUAAAUAAAAUUUUAAUUUGGAUACUUUUGUUUAUAUGUUUAAUAAUAAUUCCAUUAUUUGUACUCGUAGGAUACCAUCUUAAUUUCUUUGGAAAUUACGAUGGAUUUUCGUAAGAUUAUGCAGGUAUAGGAUAUUGCAUAGUAAGUUUUGCAAUUUUUAUAAACUCACUUAUAAAUAGAGGAUUUUUAAUUUUUAUAAAAAAAGUCUCAUCAGCUAUCCUGGCUACCUUAUUUAAUUGCAGCUUCUGUGUAUUAGUGUCCUAUUUCAUUCUUUUCAAAAUAGUAGCCUUUAUAAUAUUGGUUUAAUCGACAAAAUUAGAAUAUAUUGUCGAUAACAUUACUUCAAUAGUUGCACCAUCUACCUUUUUAGUACUUUUAUUUUUUUCAAUUUUCUUGAUUAAAGGAUUGUUCGAUUUAAAAAAGAAAACAAUUAAAUAUGACUUAUACUAGCUUUCGUAAUAAAAGUAUGCGGAUCAAGAAAUUAGAAAUGGAUACACUAAUUAUCGAAUGAACUAAAAGGCUAACAAAUUCUUUUCUAAAUUAAAACUCAAUUAUGUUGUGCCAAUUUUAUUCGCUAUUUCCUACGCUGUCAUAGAAAUCUUUUGUUAUGCUAAUCUAAUAAUUGGAUUAUAAUCCUAUGAUUUUGAAUAGAUUAUUACUUUCGGAUUUUUACUCAUGGCAAUACCAAUUUUCAUAAUUCUUGGAAUAUGUUUAAGCAAUUCAAGAUUCAAAAGGUAGAACAUAUAUUUAUACACACCUUUGCUAUUUGGUGCUAUUUUCAGUGUGAUUUGUAUUAAAGUAUGGAGUCUUACUAUUGAGAACUAAUACUUAAAAUCAAUUUCAAGAUUAAUAGGUAUAUGCCCAUUAUUAAUCUCAUUGAUGUGGCUUACAGUUGGAUUUUUUAGAUCAGAAAAAAGAAAUUAGAAACUAUUUGUAACCCUUUUCUCGUGUUAUUCCUUUGCCCUUCCUUUUGGAAUUUUCCUAACCUUUUCUGAAUAUUUUGAUGAUUCUGGUUUGGAAAUAGGUGCAUUUGUGUUAGCUAGUAUUGGACUGAUUCCAAUAGUACUCCUUGUCAUUUACUAUAUUUUUAUCGUGUUAAUCUAUUUGGUUAAAUUACCUUAGUAGGCAGAAAACCUAUAGUUUCUUCCUUUUGAGUACAUAAACCUAAACAAUUAUGCGGUUUGGUAUAAUGCUAUAUGCUAUAUCAUAUCAUUUUAUUUGAUUUGUUAUUUUGCCUGGAAUGAACCAGCCACAGCCACAGGAACAAAGAAAGGAACAAUCAUUGGUUUAUUGAGUAUUCAUACAGUCUUAUUUAUUUUGACAAGUAAUGCCUUGUCUCUUUAAGUAAAAGAGAGAACUCAAGAAGAGAUUGAUUUAUAAUAGAAUUUAACUUAUACUUAGAAGAUCACCAAUAGAAUUUAGGAUGGUACUACAGUUGGCAUUAUACUUCCAUUUAUCGUCUUAUUACCAAUAGGUCUAUCUGUUGAGAGUGAAGUAGCAAAGAAUGCUUUAUUAGCAAAUUCAAUUGGAGUUCCUUUGGCAGUGUUAUAUUACAAGUUUUAGGUUUCAUUGAAACAAGAAUCAGUCAACUAUUAAUAAUUUAUCCAACCCCUUGUAGUCAUAGUAGGUUGGACAUUUAUAAUAGGUCCUAUUGGAACUGUAUUUCCAAUUCUUGCUGAUUAUUUUGAAAAUUCAUCUCCAGAAUUUGCGUUAUUUGCUUAAUUAGCUGUUGCUUAUUCCAUUUUAAUUAUUAUCAUUAGUGUAACAGUCUUGUCUAUAUUUUAUUCCGUUUUGUUAAACAAAGAACAAUUAGAAAUGAAAAAGAAGGAAGUACUCAAAAUGGUAAUGCAUGAAUUUGCUGAAAAUGGCGUUUAUGCAACUGAAGAGAUUUCAUCUUUAUUAUUUGUCAGAUAUGUUCAACAUAGGAAUACGUUAAAGUUAGAGAAAGACUUAAUCUAAGGCGAUCCAAUCAAUAUGUAUGAGCAUCCAGAGCCCAGUGAGAAUCAUAAUAUAAAAAACAUUCUGGUGACAAAACAAGAUUAUGAAAAUAAAAUGAAAUUAGAUUAAAUUUAAGAGAAUAAAAGAGAAAAAAUAAGAAAGUCCUUGAGUGCAAAUUAUACGGAUACAUAAUCUCUAACUUCUGCAGAUACAAAAAAAUAACAAGAUAAAGAAGAACAUCAUGGCAUUUUAUAUCAAUUACAAGAUUGUUUAUUCUCUUGUUUAUUGUGCAGAUUUGGAUUUUACGAUUUAGAGUAAAUGGAAUUAAAUGAAACUAAUAAAAAACUAGAAAAAUUAGAAUUAGAUAAAUUAAAAAUGAUGGAAGAAUAAAGAAUAAAAUACAGAGCUAGAAUAGGGAGUGAGAGAAGAUAAUCGACUUUGAUACGUUAAGAUCCCAAAUAUUCAGAUUAAUUUAGCAAUAUAUUAUAUGGAUAAAAGGCAGAAAGAUUUUGGGUAGCUCUUUACAACAUGUUCUUAAAGUAAGGUGACUUUACAAGACUGUUAGAGAUCUUAGCACUUGAAAAAGACCCUGAGAUAUUAAAACAAUAUUCAAGCUAUGAGGAGAAAAAUGAAGCAUUUACAAUAUCAGACGAAGAUUUUGGUUUGUUAUUGUACGAUAAUUUUAAAGACAAACAAUAAUCCUAUGAUGAAAUUCUUAAAAAGUAAGCAGUAAGUAAUUUCCAUCGUUUAAUUAAGGAAUAUCCUGAAUUAUAUCCAUCACUACCUAGUUUCACUAAUGUUUAGAGUAUGAUUUAAUCAUAAAAUUUAACCAAAACUGAGAAGUUUAAUGAGAGUAGAAAAUGUUUCAACAAAAUAGGAGAUAUACAUGCAGAAUAGGAUGGAAAUGCUGAAGAAUAUGAAAGGCUUAAUUAGAAAUACAAUUAACAAUUAAAAGAAACAGAAAAUAAGUACAGAAUGAAGGAACCUAAUGGUUGUGAAAAGCGGAUUUGGAAAGUAUGUAAAUGCAUUCAUACAGCAAUUUGGAUAACACCCAAAAAAUAUACUUAAAACAUUAUGAAUCAAUUAGCAGACCUAUAUAGCAAAAUUACUCCUAUUGAACCGAAACCCAAUCCCAUAAGUGAGGAUUGGAAUAGAAUAGCUCCAAAAAUAUGCAAUUGCUUAGUUGAUGAAUUUAAUAAAUUUGACAGAAAAGCUAAUGAAUAAGAAUUUCAUUUCCAAAUUACAAUCACAAAUUGUUUGGCUGUGUUUUUAAGAUGCUACGAUCUAUAUGGAUUAAUAACAUUAGCAUUUGAUUCUCAAGUAGGUUGGUUUGGAAAAGGAUCUGAAUUCAAACCUAUAAAAAUGGUAGAUUAUUCAGCAAUUUGGAGUGAAUACAAUUUUUUCUUCUUUAUGGCUUUGGUGAUGAGUAUUGCUUAUAUAGUUCUAGGAUUAAAAGCUAGUAAAUAAAUAGCUGAUAAUUCAUUUGGUUUUGAUGAUGAUGGAUCAAUAGCAGGAAUUAAGAGUUUAAGAUUCUGGUUGAGUAAAACCAUUUAAGUGAUUAGUGGACAAUUUAUAUUUGUAAUGAAGACAUACAUUGAUGCCUUUAUUUGUGAUUAUAGCGAAUAUCCAUACAUUUUAGUAAGACAACCCUCAGUAGAAUGUAUGAGUGAUCUACAUUUUUUAUAUAUCACUUUUGCAAUUGUAGGCUGUGGAAUUUACUAUCCUUUGUCAACAUACUUGCAACCUACUUUUCAGUUUAUGGAUCGUUCAUUAGACCUUAAAUACAAAUCAAACUUUGUAGUGUUAUACAUACAAGCAAAACUAUUGAUUUUAGGAUCAAGCUCAGUAUUUUCUAAUUUGUAAGAAUCUGCAUAUUUAUACUAAAUGCUUUUCUCAUUUUUUGUGAUGAGUGGCUUAGUUUAUUUCCAUUUCAAACUUGAUCCUUGCUAUAUUAAAUGGUUUAAUACAGUAGACAGAUCUUUAUUACUGAUUCUAUGCUAUUUCUACUUUGGGGCAUUCAUUAUUAUGGCUAGCAAAAAUGUUUAAGUUGGCUGGGCUAUAUCUUUAAUUUUUACUGGUUGUACAUUAAUAUACCUGGCUUAUUUCUUGAUUUAAGAGAGAAGGAGAAUUAAGAGAAACUAAUCAACAUAAGUUAGACCAUUAGAUGUUUAGAAUACUAAUUCAAUAAGGAGCACUUGA